AAUUACUUGAUGAAAUAAGUUUAUAAAAUUGCAAGAAAAAAAAGAUGUUGGCUACAAAUCUAGUCGUUCCUGUUGUUUUAUGGGGACCAAAUACACCAACACACUGCGUUUCGAGUGUUUUCUUAUCUCGAGAUCAACGAACAUUAGCUACUGGAUGUUAUGAUGGACAAAUUUGUUUGUGGCAAAUUGAUUCAGACUCAAAUAAGAGCUUUGAUAUGACGCCUCGGUGCUUAUUGCUUGGACAUACAGCUCCCGUUCUGUGCUUAUCGAGAGCCUCAAUAAUUCAAGACAAUAAUUUCCUUGUCAGUUCCUCUGAAAAUGGCGAGAUGUGUACAUGGGAUUUGAUAGACGGCAAAUGUCGAGAGAGCGUGAAGCUUCCACAAGUUCAUACAUACAUUCAGGCUUAUCACAUGUCAAAUUGUGAUGAUAUCAGACUCUUCUGUAUUGGCUACUACGCAGAAAUUAUGGUGAUGGAUCCAUUUAGUUUAGAAGUAUUAUUUUGUCUAUCAUCUAAAGUCAAUCCUGAUUGGAUAUCAGCAAUGCAUGUCUUACGACCUGCAAAAAGGAAAGAUGAUGUCGUCUUGGCAAUCACAACGACGGGAACUGUUAAAGUCUGGACAUUACUUGGCAACGAAAAUAAGUAUUCUGAACCGAUUUAUGAGAAUGAGUCUAAGCAAAUUCGAUGCUUAAAUGCAAUCACGAUGGCAUGUUGUGCCCAAAACCAGCGAACUGUGCUUAUUGUCUGCGCAAAAUACUGGCAAAUUUAUGAUGCUGGUGAUUUUACCGUUUUAUGCUCAGUUAUCUCACCACGUUGUGAGCGCUGGCUUGGUGGUGAUUUCUUACUUUCGAGUGAUCGUGUCAUUCUCUGGUCAGACGAGGGAAAAGGAUACAUGUACCGUCUGCCUGCAAAUUCCAUUCCUGACAACAAAGAAUUUCACGGUCCUUCAGUCGGUAAAGAUUCGCCAUUUCUGUAUUGCAUAUUGACUAAUAAGGAAGAGAAACCAUUGUCAUGUCCACCGUCUAUGAAAUUAGUUCAAACGACUCGUGGAGGCAAAACCCAAAAGUAUUUAUUGAGAGGUGAUUCCGAAGGAUUUAUCACUAUGUGGGCUGUGCCUGAUUUCUCGCUAGAAGAGAUCAAGUUGCUCCAAACAUCCAAUGCAACUGCUAAAAUCGUUCAGAAUACAAUUUCGACUAGCCUCGAAGAAGCAUGGAGUAAGAUGGAUCCACCACCGGUUGGUAUUUUGGAUCAAUUGAAUCAUCCAAAUGAACAGAUAAUUAAGUUGACAGCAAGCAUAUAUUUGCCACUUCAGAGUCGUUUAGUAGUUGGUAGAGAAGAUGGAACGAUUAUUAUUGUUCCUGCAACUCAGACAGUUAUGCUACAACUUUUGCAUGGAAAGCAUCAACAUUAUAAUGAUUGGCCACCUCAUCAAGUCCUUAGUGGACAUAAUGGACGUGUUAAUUGCUUGCUAUAUCCAUAUUUAGUUCAUACAAGAUAUGACAAGUCUCAUUUAUUAUCCGGUGGUGUAGAUUUUGCUGUAUGCUUAUGGGACUUGUAUAGUGGCACAUUACUUCAUCGUUUCUGUGUUCAUGCCGGCGAAGUCACUCAAUUAUUAGUUCCACCCGAGAACUGUAGUCCUCGUAUCCAAAAAUGUAUUUGUUCAGUUGCAUCUGAUCAUUCCGUGACAUUGUUAAGCUUACAAGAGAGAAAAUGUGUAACAUUAGCAAGUCGUCACUUAUUUCCAGUUGUGACAAUCAAAUGGCGUCCAUUAGAUGAUUUUCUCAUUGUUGGAUGUUCCGAUGGAACUGUUUAUGUAUGGCAAAUGGAAACUGGACAUUUAGAUCGUGUUCUUCACGGCAUGAUUGCAGAAGAAGUGUUGAGUGCAUGUGAUGAGAAUAUUGGUGAGAAUGGUGAAGUGAGUACAUCGUCUGAAAUCGGUAUGUCAAAUCCAGCUGUUCAUUUCUUCCGUGGAUUAAGGCAUCGAAAUUUAAAUGCCAUUCGACACGCAACCCAAAGAGGAAUUCAUCAAUUACAGCAAUUAAAUGCCCAUAAUAACAAUGACGGUAACUUUUUGAUGAAGAACCGGAACAGCCCUCUUGUCAUCCAGAGUUUGAGGACCAAUCCGAAAGAUGCAGAAAGUCACAUUCUGUUCUUUGAUAUUGAGGGAUUGAUUGUGGAGUUGCAUAGCGAAGAAUAUGCAGCAAUGAGUCCAACGACUCUGGAGGCACAAGGUUUGAUUCAGCCACAACAACCUGCUAAUCCCACAACAGAUGCUAGCAAGAAACUUACAGGCAUCCUGGCAAAGGUUAAGGAAGGCGCUGAACAAGUCGGUACGAAAAUUCAAGCCAAAGUCGAGACAGUCGUAAAGCAAAUAAAUGAGACAGGCAAAGAGUCAUCGGAUGGUAUCAAAAGAAUUGCGCCAAGGAUGGAAGCAACACACGUAAUGGAAGUCUCUCAACUUUUAUUAUCGUUAAUCCAUUCAUGGGGAUUAGAUCCUCAUUUAGAUAAAGUUUGUGAAUCACAACUAGGCUUGCUUCGUCCAAUGGUGCCAAUUUCUUUUGGUGUCCUAUCUAAAGGCGGUUACAUGUCACUUUUAUUACCAACAUGGCAAAAUACAAUCAAGCAGGAUACCGUUCAGAAGCUACUUCAAGGAAGUGACAUGCAAUUGACUAAAUCACUUCCCGAGAAUCUUUUGAGACAAGAAGCAUUAACGAAAUUGUUCUCAGCACGUCUACAUUGGGAAUUGAGUACAACAAUCACAUCUAAUCAUCUUUUGGGAAUGGUCGCUAUGUCCAAUACCUUAAUGUCGAUGAAAAUGGCAACAUUUAUUCCAGAAUCGGAGCGUAAUCGUAAAUUAAUGAGGCAAGGAACUAAGAAUAAUGUUGCAUGGGCAAGCGAUGAUGAUCAUGAGGAACAGCUUGUAACAGAACAGCAAGCACAAAUUAAACAAGGAUGGAGUUUAUUGUCUACUCAUCAUUGUUUCUUAUUACCGGAUAAAAUUGAUGCAUUGGAACCAAAGAACUUUAAGCGUCCACAAGUUGAAUUAAUGGCACGUCGUUGGCAGCAUCAUUGUAUGGAAAUUCGGGAAGCAGCACAACAAAUGUUACUUGGUGAACUUGGUAGAAUGGGGAAAAAAGGAAGAAAGCAACUUGUUGAAAAUUGGGCUCAAUAUCUUCCACAAUAUUCAGUUCAGACUGAACCGAUUGUUCAACAAGCACCGUCUAGUCCCACAUCUAAUAGUCCAACGGCUGUCCAAAGUCCACAGCAGCCAGCUGAGCAGGAAGAGGAGGUUGAAGAGGAAGAAGAAGUUGUUCGACAAAAGCCAUCAAGCUUAGCUGAACUUAAAAGGAAGCAAUCGACAGCUGUUAUUAUUUUGGGCGUUAUUGGAGCUGAAUUUGGACAGGAUAUUUCAAUUGAAACAGGCUCAAAUGCUAAGAAAACGACACCAGAACAGCAACAAAGACGAAAGAGCUCAAUUGUUGAAGGAUUUGGAAUUGGAAAUAAUAAUUUAGCACGUUUAACUGCGAUGGCAUUAACACACUUAUUACUUGCUCCACCGACACCAAAAUUACCAGCUUACACUCCUUUAAGACGUGCUGCAAUUGACUUAAUUGGACGUGGAUUUACUGUUUGGGAACCUUAUUUGGAUGUUAGCAAGGUUCUUUUAGGUCUUUUAGAGAUUUCUUGUGACUCUUCACGUCUCAUUCCAAGUUUGUCAUAUAAAUUACCAUUGACACCACAAGCUGAUGCCUGCAGGACAGCUAGACAUGCUCUUAGAUUGAUCGCUACAGCUCGUCCAGCUGCUUUUAUUACCACAAUGGCACGGGAAGUAGCCAGAUACAACACAUUACAGCAAAAUUCGCAAGCAUUGAGCGUUCCAUUAACACAAUCAGUUCUACAUCGAGCUAAAAAGGAAAUUUUACAAUGUGUAGAAAUGCUUAUCGAAAAAAUGCAGUCAGAUAUGUCAACUUUAUUAGUGGAAGUGACUGAUAUAACGUUACAUUGCUUAGAUAUGUCCGAUUUGAAGAAUCGCCCAUUGAAUGAAGUUUGUCCAUCGAUUUGUAAAUUCAAUCAAGUCUCACAUUGUGCAUCGACGAGGAGAAUCGCAGUCGGAGCAAGCAAUGGACAUCUUGCAAUCUAUGAGUUGAGACAGAAUAAGUGUCAAAUGAUCCCAGCACAUACACAAUCAAUAACUGCUCUUGCAUUUUCUCCUGAUGGAAAGUAUUUAGUCAGCUAUUCAUGCAAUGAAAAUCGAUUGUCAUUCUGGCAAACAAGCACAGGCAUGUUCGGUUUGGGCCAAAGUCAAACGAGAUGCAUCAAAGGAUAUUCCACAGCACCCAUUCCUGAUGUUUCACGAUUAAAUCCCAUGCGAUUGGCUAAACUGAUAUGGAUUAAUAAUAGAACUGUUACUUUAAUGCUAGCUGAUGGAUCCGAGACAAGAUUUAAUGUCUAAAAAUAUUUGAUUCUAUUCCUAUUCAACGCAUCAAAACUAUUCCACAUAAUUAUUAUACUUAUAAAGUUAAUUAUCAUAUGUUAUUUAUCUGCAAAGGAAGAAGAACUUAAAGCAUGACUAUAAAUCUAUGAAUGUUAAUCUAGCAAUACUUUUAUUGAACAUUAUGGAAAAAUAAAUAUUAUGGUUCUGUUGCGGGCUGUAAAUGCAACAGCAUUAAAGGUUGUAUAGAGUUAUUGAAAUUC